AUGCCCCCCAAGGGCAGCACCCGGCGUUCGAAUCGUGCGCCCAAAGCGUCCAAGGACGAUGAAUUUCCCAAAUCACGAAGAAGCGGUAGCCACAAAGCCCGCGCUGACUCAAGUCAUUUAGAGGACACUAGAUCAUCUCAAAGGGCAAGUAAAAAUGGCGCCGAGGUCUCCCCACUCGAAGAUCCGACGAGGGAAGAAGACGAAGAGGACUCAGGAGUGACUCGAUGUGUCUGCGACGAAGCUGAGACAGAAACUAAGGAAAUGGGAUUCAUGGUCCAGUGUGAACAAUGCAACGUCUGGCAACAUGGGAUUUGUAUGGGUAUCGAACGGGAAGAAGAUUGUCCGGAGAAAUAUUACUGUGAGGAAUGUCGACCAGAUCUUCAUACGGCGCUUCUUGAGGAACUUGAACGCCGCGCGAAGGCAGCAUCACGACGUGACGCAAAAAAGGCUAAGAGCCUGUCUAGUUCACGAACAUCUCGGUCUAUAUCACCUGAUGGACGUCGCUUGCCCAUGCACAGGUCACCUAAGAGACGCAAUACGAUGAACAGCCGUGACACGGAUGUUGAGAUGAACCGUGUCCUUGAUAUGUCGCGCAAGGAAGCGGAGCGCUCUGGUGCGCUACCUGAGGUGGAGGUCGACACUAAUGAUGGACGCCGGAAACGUAAGCGCGGUGCAGACGCGGGAGAUUCAGUUGAUAAUCCAGAGUCGACUCCUUCGGACCAGGCCAAUGGCAAUGGUGAUAGCUCGCGCGGAAGAGGUGCGAAGACCGGGAACAGCACCCCAGUUGACACCACGGAUUCCAAUCAAGGAGGCCGCAAUCGUCGAUCCUCUAGGAAAGAGAAAGAACAAAGCUUAGAUGUGGAUGGUAAAGUGAAACACCCUAAUCAAUACACAUAUCGAGUCCCGAAGCUAGUGACUGCAGUCACUUCCCCUACAAAGCAUGGGAAGAGUGACAGGCAUGACCAUGGUACUCGCCGCAAUCUCCCCCAACAAUCUCGGGGAUGGUCACCAUCUCCUGUCCCUGUCUCGUACAAUAUCCCUGACCAUUUUUCCCACCUUGCUCGACUCCUUCCACACCCAACCCCCCAAGGCAUCAAUGUUCGCGUAGGCCCUGAGGAAGACAACCGUGUACUCGAAAGGGGCGUUAAAGUGCGCUGGCCACCGAAGCGCACAACCAUCGGGGAGAUGAGACGUCGCGUUCGCGGCAUGAUGGAAUACGUCGCUAGAGCACAGCUAGAAGCCGGUGAGCGAGAGCGGAGGGUUGAGAUGCUGAAAGCCGCGUUGGCAAACAGUCAACCCACUCGGGCCUCUCCGGUUCCGGGAUUGGCGACUUCCACUGUGGAUUCGCAGAGUGAGAGGAGGGCGAUCCCUCCAGCGACGGACCGAUCACCAGUGGGUCGCGAAAGUCCGAAAGAGAAGAGUGAUGACGCCAUACUUGCUCGAAGCGCGGGAGAUGCCACAAAAGGAAAUAAUACAAAAUCCGGUGCCACCAAUGCUUUCACCAAAAUCGGGGGCGAUGAACCUAGCACACCAACACCACCCGAUAACGUUACCGCUGCUAUGGCCCUUGCCUCUGAAGCUGAAGGUACUCCGACCCCUGUGCCUACAGCCCUAAAGAUUAGUACUCCUAAACCGAAUGAACCAACAGCAAUGCAACUCCUAGAUCAACUUACAAGAGAUCUUAUCGACUUUCAGGAGCGGUUUGGCGCAGGGAGAGAAGGGAAGGUUUACAGAGACCGGACAGAGAGGGAGCGCAGAACCAGAGCUGCGGUUGAUGUAGACAUUUUCUGACUUCACUGAUAGUUGGACUUUGAUUUAUCUUUAACUCACGGUCUGUGGUUUCUCUGUAUUUACCCCUUGGUUCUUUUGUAGCAUCAUUGCCACCUGUUAAUUGGACGUGGCCGCACAUGUUUCGUUGAGGUCAUGGACAACCUAAACGCGGCCAUUUCUCAAGUACUCAUUGUAGUUGGCUCGGGCGCAUGCAUUCGAUCACAGAAUGACAACGGUGAUAGACAAUGCACUGCCUGCACUCGCACACGCUCGCACCUUCAUCAGGUACAGCGCGCUUCC